ACCUUCCGCUAGUUCCCUCCCUCCCUCACGGUUUCCCGCCUGUUUCGUUUCCUCUCUCCGGUUUCGAGCGGCGAAGGGUCCUGGGAUCCUGGCCGGCCCAACCAUUUGGCCUAGAGCUCCUCUGGUUCCAGUCGGCGCCGUGUCUUCAGCCCGCAACGGCCCUCCGGCUCCAGGCCGUAGAGAGCGUAAUCGCGACCGCGACCUGAGGGGGAGGGACUACGCGCAAGCAGGGGGCGUGACUCGUCACGUGAUGAGGAAGUGCCGUUAGUAGCGUUGUCUCGGGUCCGCGGCGCUCCUGGAUGACGUCAGCAAGGAAGGGGAGGAACGGGAGGUGAGACUGAAGUGCAUAUUCUGCUGUUAGUGGGCGGUGAAUUCCCCGGCGCUAAGUCGGAGGCCAAGAUCCGAUACACUGAGAGCUGCGAGGUACUGGCCUGGAUGUGGUGGAGCUGGUUUGGGACCUCCGGGCUGCUGGUCUGUGAGCCUGGCUUUGAAAAUUGGUUACUGGGUCUCCUCUCAAGAGAUCUCAAGAUAUUAAAGUUACUGCUGUUAAAAAGGUAAGGAAUACUGUAUCUAUCAUUCAACAAGUUUCAGCUUUCUGGCUAAAUGACUUUUGUGCCAGUGAUACCAGAGUCCUACAGCCAUGUUCUUGCAGAGUUUGAAUCUCUGGAUCCAUUACUGUCAGCCCUGCGGCUGGACUCCAGUCGUCUAAAGUGCACAAGCAUAGCUGUGUCUCGGAAAUGGUUGGCUUUGGGCAGUUCAGGAGGAGGACUCCAUCUCAUUCAGAAAGAAGGUUGGAAGCACAGGCUUUUUCUUUCACACAGGGAAGGUGCAAUUUCUCAAGUUGCCUGUUGUUUACAUGAUGAUGAUUAUGUUGCUGUAGCUACCAGUCAAGGUCUUGUAGUUGUUUGGGAAUUAAAUCAAGAGCGUCGUGGGAAACCAGAACAAAUUUAUGUGUCUUCAGAACACAAAGGCCGAAGAGUCACAGCUCUCUGUUGGGAUACAGCUAUUCUUAGAGUUUUUGUAGGUGAUCAUGCCGGGAAGGUUUCUGCCAUCAAACUCAGUACUUCUAAACAAGCAAAGGCAGCUGCUGCUUUUGUGAUGUUUCCUGUUCAGACCAUAACAACAGUUGACUCCUGUGUUGUACAGUUAGAUUAUUUGGAUGGAAGGCUACUUAUAUCUUCACUAACUCGAUCCUUCUUGUGUGACACUGAGAGAGAAAAGUUUUGGAAAAUUGGAAACAAGGAAAGAGAUGGAGAAUAUGGAGCUUGUUUCUUUCCUGGAAGAUGUUCUGGGGGCCAGCAACCUCUGAUAUAUUGUGCUCGCCCAGGCUCUAGGAUGUGGGAAGUGAACUUUGAUGGAGAAGUUAUAAGUACACAUCAGUUCAAGAAACUCCUCUCGUUGCCACCUCUCCCUGUGAUUACUCUAAGAUCAGAACCUCAGUAUGAUCAUACAGUUGGAUCCUCCCAAUCUUUGUCUUUCCCCAAACUCUUACAUCUUAGUGAGCAUUGUGUGCUGACUUGGACAGAAAGAGGAAUUUAUAUUUUCAUUCCUCAGAAUGUUCAAGUUCUUCUUUGGAGUGAAGUCAAAGAUAUUCAGGAUGUGGCUGUCUGUAAGAAUGAAUUGUUCUGCUUGCACCUAAAUGGGAAGGUCUCACAUCUCUCCCUGAUAUCCGUGGAGCGCUGUGUGGAACGCCUGCUAAGAAGAGGCCUAUGGAACCUGGCUGCUCGCACCUGCUGUCUUUUCCAAAAUUCUGUCAUUGCCAGCAGAGCAAGAAAAACUUUGACUGCAGAUAAAUUGGAGCAUUUGAAAUCUCAGCUGGACCAUGGCACCUACAAUGAUCUAAUUUCUCAACUGGAAGAAUUGAUAUUAAAAUUUAAACCUUUGGAUUCAGCUUGUAGCAGUAGAAGAAGCUCAAUUUCAUCACAUGAAAGUUUCAGCAUCUUGGACUCUGGUAUUUAUCGUAUCAUUAGUAGUAGAAGAGGCAGUCAGUCAGAUGAAGACUCUUGCUCCCUUCACAGCCAAACCCUCUCAGAAGAUGAGAGAUUUAAAGAAUUCACCUCACAGCAGGAAGAGGACCUGCCAGAUCAGUGCUGUGGCUCACAUGGAAAUGAAGACAAUGUUUCUCAUGCUCCAGUGAUGUUUGAGACAGAUAAGAAUGAAACUUUUCUCCCCUUCGGCAUUCCAUUACCAUUUCGUUCUCCAUCUCCUCUUGUGUCUCUUCAGGCUGUCAAAGAAAGUGUUUCUAGCUUUGUGCGUAAAACUACUGAGAAGAUUGGCACCCUUCACACAAGCCCUGAUUUGAAAGCGAGACCAGAGCUCAGGGGUGAUGAGCAAUCAUGUGAAGAGGAUGGGAGUUCAGAUACCUGCCCAAAGGAUGAAGACACCGAGGAGGAAAAAGAGGUAACUAGUCCACCACCAGAAGAAGACAGGCUCCAGGAGCUUAAAGUAGCAACAGCGGAAGCAAUGACCAAGCUACAGGACCCUCUGGUUUUAUUUGAAUCCGAGUCUCUGAGAAUGGUUUUACAGGAGUGGCUUUCAUAUUUAGAAAAAACAUUUGCCAUGAAAGACUUUUCAGCCAUUUCAGAUACUGACAACUCGUCCAUGAAAUCGAACCAGGAUGUACUAUUAGUUAAUGAAUCAAAAAAGGGAAUAUUAGAUGAAGAUAAUGAAGAAGAAAAAAGGGACUCUUUAGGCAAUGAAGAAACUAUUGAUAAAACAGCAUGUGAAUGUGUAAGGAGUCCAAGGGAGUCUCUGGAUGACCUGUUUCAAAUAUGUUCUCCAUGCACCAUUGCAAGUGGUCUUCAGAACGACCUGGCUGAAUUGACAACAUUGUGUUUGGAGUUGAAUAUAUUGAAUUCUAAGACCAAAAACACCAGUGGACAUGCGGACCACACUUUGCAACAGUACUCUCCUGAAAUUCUGGCUUGCCAAUUCCUGAAGAAGUACUUUUUUCUCCUGGACUUGAAAAGAGCAAAAGAGAGUAUCAAGCUUAGUUACAGUAAUAGCCCGUCUGUUUGGGAUACUUUUAUUGAAGGAUUGAAAGAAAUGGCAAGUUCCAAUCCUGUGUAUAUGGAGAUGGAAGAAGGAGAUCUACCAACAAGGUUAAAGUUACUAGAUGACAAGGUUCCUUUUGAUAGUCCGUUGUUAGUUGUUUAUGCUACCCGGUUGUAUGAGAAGUUUGGGGAAUCUGCUCUUCGAUCCUUAAUCAAGUUCUAUCCAUCCAUUUUGCCCUCGGAUAUCAUACAACUUUGUCAUCAUCAUCCUGCUGAGUUUUUGGCCUAUUUAGACAGUCUGGUGAAAUCAAGGCCUGAAGAUCAGCGGUCAUCUUUUCUUGAGUCCCUUCUGCAACCAGAGUCUUUAAGGUUGGAUUGGCUGCUUUUGGCAGUGUCCCUUGAUGCUCCACCAAGCACCAGCACAAUGGAUGAUGAAGGUUAUCCCAGGCCUCAUUCACACUUACUUUCCUGGGGUUACAGUCAGCUGAUCCUUCAUCUAAUUAAGCUUCCUGCAGAUUUUAUAACGAAAGAGAAAAUGACAGACAUCUGCAGGUCUUGUGGUUUCUGGCCUGGAUAUCUAACUCUCUGUUUGGAGCUGGAGAGAAGAAGAGAGGCCUUCACCAAUAUUGUGUAUCUGAAUGAUAUGAGCCUGAUGGAAGGGGACAAUGGUUGGAUCCCAGAGACUGUGGAGGAAUGGAAGCUUCUCCUUCAUCUCAUACAGAACAAGAGCACGAGGCCAGCCCCCCAGGAGUCACUAAAUGGGAGCCUCAGUGAUGGGCCUUCCCCCAUCAACGUGGAGAAUGUGGCACUUCUGUUAGCUAAGGCCAUGGGCCCAGAUCGGGCUUGGUCACUGCUACAGGAAUGUGGUCUGGCCCUUGAGUUGUCAGAGAAGUUUACCAGAACCUGCGAUGUCCUGAGGAUUGCCGAGAAAAGGCAGAGGGCCCUGAUACAAAGCAUGCUUGAAAAAUGUGAUCGGUUUCUCUGGUCCCAGCAGGCCUAGUGGGAGAAGAUUCAGCAGGAUGUUAUGACAUUUUGAGAAAAGCUAAAUCAUGUUCCUGAACCUUCUGAAUGCAUUUGUUAUUGAAGUAAAGACACCACCCUCAAAUCCUGCCAUCUUAUUGGAGCCACUUUUGUCAGUGUCUGUACCCUUGGCAUUGGCAUCUGUGACUCUUUAUCCCUGACCUCAGUGUUUCUUAACCAAAGUUGUACUCAGCAUUUCUUAACCAAAGUUGAAUUUUGAAAAGAGUCAGUCCUUGUUUGCUGGAAUUAGAAUGUUAAUGUCCUAGUAUUAUUCCGAACUACAGUAUCAAUUGCUUGUUGCUAGUGGAUUAGAGAGAUUCUUUUCUUACUGUGGCUUCCAUGUUGGGAGCAGAAGCUUUUCAUCCUGGUCACAUGAAGACAGAUAGUAUUAUUGCCUGGAGUUGAAUUAUUUUUAUAUCUUGUCUGACACAGUAUGGAAAUUACUGAAAUAAGACCUUGUAUAAUGGAAUUAACAAACCCAAAAUAAGUAGAACACUGAAGAUUUGAAUUUGAUAUUUAAGUAAAAUGGGACUGGGUGCAGUGACUCAGGCCUGUAAUCCCAACCCUUUGGAAGGUAAAGAUGGGAGGAUCACUUGAGACCAGGAGUUCAAGACCAGCCUGGGCAACAUAGUGAGAACUCAUCUCUACAAAAAAUAAAAAAAUUAGCUGGGCAUAGUACUUGCGGCCAGGAGGUCCAGGCUGCAAUGAGAUAUGUUUGUGCCAUUGCACUCCAGUCUGGGUGACAGAGAAAGACCCUGUCUGAAAAAUAAAUUAAAUAAAAUGUCUUCAUAUAUAAAUUAAGCUAAUUUAAAAUGUUUUUCCCUGUGUUUAUUUAAUAUUUUCUAAUCUGAACCUAUAUACAGCUGACUAAUUCAUUCUUAGAAAUGUGUUAUCUGUAAUCUUUCCUAAACAGAGUAGCCCACAAGAAUCAUGCACUUUUAAAAAUUAUUUCUAAGAAGCCAUAACAAAGCUGUGUACUAAUAAAGACUGCAGCAAGCACUUGUAUUAUUUAAAUUAUGUAAGUAGAUUGUCAUUUGUCAGGCUCCUGUACAUUUACAUAGCAUGUUAUAUUAAUAAUAAAUGUAAAGUAUGACUAAAGUUUUCAUUUGAGCAGAACGUAGACAGGAGGUUUAUUGUGAGCAUUUUUGCUGAAAGGUGUGGAGUAAGUAAAGCGUUGGAUGCACUGAA